CCGACUUGUAAACAGCACCACCACGCGUUGACCUUUAGAUUUAGGCGGAGUUUGGCUGCAUUUGUACAGUAUUCUUAGCGAUACAAUGAGACAAAAAUAGCUACUACGCUAAGAUUUUACGCAGUUUGCACCUAACAAGCUUUGACUGGAACACCGCUAACAAUCAGACACCGCAUGGAGAUCCAGACAACGACGCGAGGUGGCAUGCGGGUUUACAAAAUUGUGCUGCUUGGCCAGGGAGGCGUCGGAAAAAGUGCCCUGACCAUGCAGUUUGUCACACAUAGUUUUAUAGACUAUCACGAUCCAACAAUUGAGGAUGCUUACCAACAGCAAGUUAGGAUAGAUGGAGAGACUGGUUUAUUAGAUAUACUUGACACAGCAGGACAGGCUGAAUUUACUGCCAUGAGAGAUCAGUAUAUGAGAGGUGGGGAAGGCUUUAUUAUAUGCUACUCAAUCACAGACAGGCGGAGUUUUCAAGAAGCUGCUGAGGUGAAAAAGUUAAUAGAACGUGUGAGAAAGACAGAUGAUAUACCUAUUGUUUUAGUCGGCAAUAAGUAUGACUUAGAAAAUAUGAGAAAGGUAUCAAAAGAAGAAGGAGAAGCGUUAGCAAGGGAGUUUGGAUGCCCGUUUUUUGAAACUUCCGCAGCUUUGAGACACUUUGUUGAUGAUGUCUUUCACACUCUAGUAAGAGAAAUCAGGAGAAAAGAAAAAGAAGCACUUCUAGAAAUGGAAAAACGAUCUAAAAAGAAACAACGAAUGCAGAGAAUAAGAAGUCUGUUUUCAUUGAAAAGGCGGAAUAAGUGUGAAUAGGUGGUCGCUGUUUAUAAUACUUGGACUGCACACUUGACUAUCACUUGGAUGUGUACCUUUACAGACAUUACGUUGAAUGUAUACAGUCCUGGGAUGAACUUUAGUCAUAUGCAAGAAGAUAUUAUUUUGUAUGAUGUGAAACUAUUUUUUCUGACAAGUCACUUGAUCCAUCAUAUACUUCAAUGUGUUGACAUCUCACUGUAAUAAAGGAUGAAGAGAGGGUUUACAAACUGUUUGAGACAAUAACAUGGAUACAAUGUAUGGUUGGAAUCACUAGAUGCGAGUCUUCUCAUUGCCACAUGCCCUCCAAUCACUUACAAAGGAUGCUAACAUGUUGCUUAGCAAUUGGUAUGCAAAGUAUACAUGACAUACAGUGAAAGGCAACUAUUUGUAUAAUUUGUAUGCAAAGUAUACAUGACAUACAGUGAAAGGCAACUAUUUGUAUAAUUGGUAUGCAAAGUAUACAUGACAUACAGUGAAAGGCAACUAUUUGUACAAUUGGUAUGCAAAGUAUACAUGACAUACAGUGAAAGGCAACUAUUUGUAUAAUUGGUAUGCAAAGUAUACAUGACAUACAG